GGCUGCGGGCGGACAGGCCGGUCCAGAGUCAGGCUCAGGUGAAGAAGACCCGAAGAAACCAUCACCAGGGAGAUUUCGGAGGCGUCGGAGGAUACCGCGGGGCCCGGCAGCUGCCCCGGCCUCCGUGCGCGCCCCUGCCCGGGUCACCCCGCCCGCGCCCGACCUGCGCCCGCGCACCGCGCCCUCGGGGCUCCCGGGACGGCCCGCGGCCUGGCCCGUGCGCCCGGGCUCUCCUCCCCGCCGGCCGGGCACUUCCCAGCUCUGACGCGGGAGCUUCUUUCACACCAAUGGGGCUCGCGCGCGGAGGUGCCCUGCCCCUCCUCCGGGAAGGUGUGUCCCUGUUUCCUCACCUGAAACUUCCUAGGAGAACCCGAUCCCUCCCUCACGUCGGGCGGCCAGGGGCGGGCCGCGGGUGGGGCGGCCGGGCCUGCGCUGGGGACGGCACCGGGGACUGCGGCCGGCGCCGGGACCUGGAGGGGACGCUGGGGCCGAGGCAGCAGCAUGUGACACCGACCAGGUUUCAGCCCUGAUGGAGGCUGAGGAGGCCCAGCAUGGAGCGACUACUCCCAUCCCUGCCAUAGAGGAAUUCAGCGUUAUCCCUGAGGCUUCCAUGAGGAGCAGCCAGGUCUCUGCCUUGGGGUUUGAAGCUCAAGAAGAUGAGGACCCAUCCUAUAAAUGGAGAGACGAACGCCGACUCUCGGCAACCCAGCAGAGAGAGUUAAGGAAUGUGUGUGACUAUGCAGUUGAGACGAUGCCCUCUUUUCCCAAGGAAGGUUCUGUAGAUGUGGAGCCCAAUCAGGAAACCCUUGUGGCCAAGGCCUGGGACACUCCAGAAGGCUGGGAGGCAGCGCCCCAGAGUCUGGCAGGCCAACAAGCAAGGACUCUAGCUCCCCCAGAGCUCUGGGCCUGCCCCAUUCAGACUGACCAUCUAGACAUGACCCCAUUUUCCAGUGACCUGGGAAGCGAAGAAGAAGAGGGGGAAUUUUGGCCAGGACUUACUUCUUUGACAUUGGGAUCUGGACAGGCAGAAGAAGAGGAGGAAACCUCUUCAGAUACCUCUGGUCAGACCAGAUUUUAUCCUCCCUGCAAAGGGCACCCUUCGGACACCAACGAGACAGAAGUCUCUGAAAGUGGGAUGGCCCGGCAGGGGGAAGAGCUGCCGUCUGAGGAGCUGCAGAGAAGUCGGGGGCUCGUGCAUCCCCAGGAGGCCCAAGUUCUGGAGGAGCAGGGACAGCAGGAAGUGGGAUUUUGGGGGGAAGGAACUCUAGGGGAGGAUGUUCAUGCUAAUGGGCUGUUGGGGGAGGAACAGAUGAUAGAGCAGGUUAAUGGCGAAAAGGGAGAACAGAAGCAAAAACAAGAAAAGGUACAAGAUGAUAUGAUGCUUGGGAGACAAGGAGAAAGGACGAAGCUCACUGUGGAGCCAGAGGGUCUGAAUGAUGGUGAGUGGGAGCAAGAGGAUAUGGAGAGGAGGGUUCAGGGUCAGGGAGGUCCAGAACAGGGAGAAGAGAGGAGCAAGGUGCUGUGGGUGCCGGAAGAGAAUAGGGUGGAGUCCCAGGAUGAAAAGAGUCAAAGCUUUGUGGGAAAGCCAGAGGAAGUAACUGGAAAGCAAGAAGACCAUGGUCUCAAGGAGAAAGUGGUGCCAGUUGUGGGGCAGAAGGAGAAGGAGCCAGGGAACUGGGAUGGGGGCAGCCUGGGGGCAGUGGGAGGAAAGUGGAGCAGGGAAGAGGAGAAUGAGCAUCAUGGGCCUCCGAUGCCAGCUCUGGUACCCGCUGUGGACUCUCCUUGCUGUGACCUGUUUCCAGGUGCCUCAUAUCCCAUGACUUCCACAACUCAGACAGAGGCCCAGGCUGAGGAACUGUCCCCCGAAGCUCUGACUCCCUCACUGGAGCCCAUCGGAUGCUCUCACCAGUCCAUUUUUCUAUCUGGCCACUUUUCCACGGAGGAGUCACCUGACGAGGAAAUAGCUCAAAACAGCCAGCAAGAGGGAUCCAGGCUGAGCAAGGGAACAGUAUCCAGCCAGGGGACUGAGGUGGUCUUUGCCAGUGCAUCUGUGAGUCCUCCAAGGACACCAGAUUCAGCUCCUCCCAGUCUUGCUGAAGCCUCUCCCAUCACACGUGCCUCGGUAUCUGCCAAGCUCGCCAUUGCCUUUCUGGGGAGGGAAACCUUUUGUGCUGCACAUGUUCCAGAAACUGCCAGUGCCUCUGUCUCAAUGGAUAACCCAUCUCCCUGGGGGACUUCUGAGAUGUGCCCGGCUGCCCUCCGUGGCUUCCCCUCCACCGGGGCCAGCCCUCCCAGGCCCCCAGCCAACUCCACAGGUGCCAUCCAGCACUUACGGAGCGACUCCUUUCCCGGUUCUCACAGGACAGAGCAGAGUCCAGACCUGAGGGGAAGGUCGCUUUCCUGCUCCCACUCAGAGUUGCCCCAGAGGCCCCCCAAACCUGCCAUCUACGGCUCUACGACCCCAAGAAGGAACAGAAGGAGUGGUAGGGACUGGAGCACCAUUUCAGAAUCCCCUACUGCCUUGUCCACUCCAGAGCAGAACUCUCAAGAAUCCAUCUCAAAUCUGGAGAGGCACCACAGUCCUUCCAGCAGCCAGCCAUGGGGCUCCCCACAUAAUCCAGACUUUGCCGCAGCGUCUUCCACCUACGGUUCUUCCCCAUCCUUUGUCUCCAUGGAUGUGAGGAUCCACGAACCUCUGCCCCUCCCUCCCCCAGAGAGGAGAGACAUCCAUCCCUCCGAGGUGGAAAGAGAUGGCCAUCCUCAUGCAGCGGUUCCCACACUGAAGCGGCAUAGCCACCCUCCUCCAUUGGCCCUAGGUUCAGGGCUGCAUGGCCCCCAUAAAGGCCCACUUCCCCAAGCCCCAGACCCCGCCGUGGCCAGGCAGCACCGACCUCUACCAUCUACCCCAGACAGCUCCCACCAUGCUCAGGCCACCCCCAGGUGGAGAUACAACAAGCCGCUCCCCCCCACCCCUGACUUGCCACAGCCCUACCUUUCUCACAUUUCUGCUCCCGGUGUCUCACGGAUCUACAGGCCUCUGCCCCCCGUGCCCAUCAUAGACCCUUCCACUGAACCACCCCCAUUACCCCCAAAGUCCAGGGGGAGGAACAGGAGCGCUCAAGGAGGGCAUAUGAACUCAGGGGGUCAUGCCAAAACAAGACCUGCUUGCCAAGACUGGACGGUCCCUAUCCCCGUCUCUGCUGGACGCACCUCCUGGCCCCCGGCCACAGGUCGAUCCACAGAGUCUUUGGCUUUCACCAGCAGGAGUAAGAGCGAAGCAUCCCCGGGCAUGGCUUUCAGCAACAUGACAAACCUCCUAAGCCCCUCUUCCCCUACCACUCCCUGGACUCUGGAGCUCCAGGGACCCACCCCUAAGGAUGAAGCAGGGGUCUCAGAACACCCUGAGGCCCCUGCAAGAGAACCUUCAAGGACAACCCCUCAGCAAGGAGCCAAUGGCCCAGGGAGGUCGUCUGUGGGCCAAGCAAGGCAGCCAGAAAAACCUAGCCAUCUGCACCUGGAGAAGUCGUCCAGCUGGCCCCACCGGCGGGACUCAGGAAGGCCACCAGGGGACAGCAGUGGACAGGCCAUGGCUCCUGGUGAGGGGGCCAACAAGCACAAGAGCUGGAACCGGCAGGGCCUGCGCAGACCUUCCAUUUUGCCUGAGGGCUCUUCAGAUUCAAGAGGUCCAGCCAUGGAAAAACAUCUGGGCCCCUCAGACACUGUUGUUUUUCGGGAGAAAAAACCAAAGGAGGUGAUGGAAGGCUUUUCAAGACGCUGCUCCAAGCUCAUCAACUCCUCCCAGCUGCUUUACCAGGAGUAUAGUGAUGUUGUCCUGAAUAAAGAGAUCCAGAGCCAGCAGCGGCUAGACAGCCUGACAGAGGCACCCGGGCCUAGCUCCCCGCGGCAGCCUCGGAAGGCCCUGGUCUCCUCCGAGUCGUACCUGAAGCGCCUCUCCGUGGCCUCCAGCAGCUCCCUCUGGCAGGAAAUCCCCGUGGUGCGCAACAGCACCGUGCUGCUCUCCAUGACCCACGAAGACCAAAAGCUGCAGGAGGUCAAAUUUGAGCUGAUUGUGUCAGAGGCCUCCUACCUACGCAGUCUAAACAUAGCUGUGGAUCAUUUCCAACUUUCGACUUCACUCCGGUCCACCCUUUCCAACCAGGAGCACCAAUGGCUCUUCUCUCGUUUACAGGAUGUGCGAGACGUCAGUGCCACGUUCCUUUCAGACCUGGAAGAAAACUUUGAGAAUAAUAUCUUCUCCUUCCAAGUAUGUGACGUGGUCCUGAACCAUGCCCCAGACUUCCACCGGGUCUACCUGCCUUAUGUCACCAACCAGACCUAUCAGGAACGCACCUUCCAGAGCCUGAUGAAUAGCAACAGCAAUUUCCGAGAGGUCUUGGAGAAGCUGGAGAGCGACCCCGUCUGCCAGCGCCUUUCCCUCAAGUCCUUUCUGAUUCUGCCCUUCCAACGCAUCACCCGCCUGAAACUGCUGCUCCAGAACAUUCUGAAGAGAACACAGCCUGGCUCCUCGGAGGAAGCCGAGGCCACGAAGGCGCACCACGCCCUGGAGCAGCUGAUCCGGGACUGCAAUAACAACGUCCAGAGAAUGCGACGGACCGAGGAGCUAAUCUACCUGAGCCAGAAGAUUGAGUUUGAGUGCAAAAUAUUCCCACUCAUUUCUCAGUCACGCUGGCUGGUAAAGAGCGGGGAGCUGACUGCCUUGGAGUUCAGUGUGUCCCCAGGGCUGCGAAGGAAGCUGAGCACGCGUCCAGUCCACCUGCACCUCUUCAAUGACUGCCUGCUGCUGUCUCGGCCCCGAGAGGGUAACCGAUUCCUGGUAUUUGACCAUGCUCCCUUCUCCUCCAUUCGGGGCGAGAAGUGUGAAAUGAAGCUACAUGGACCUCACAAAAACCUGUUCCGACUCUUUCUGCGGCAAAACACGCAGGGCGUCCAGGCUGAGUUCCUGUUCCGCACGGAGACUCAAAGUGAAAAGCUUCGGUGGAUUUCAGCCUUGGCCAUGCCAAGAGAGGAGUUGGACCUUCUGGAGUGUUACGACUCUCCCCAAGUACAGUGCCUUCGAGCCUACAAGCCCCGAGAGAAUGACGAGUUGGCCCUGGAGAAAGCCGAUGUGGUGAUGGUGACUCAGCAGAGCAGUGAUGGCUGGCUGGAGGGCGUGAGGCUCUCAGAUGGGGAGCGAGGCUGGUUUCCCGUGCAACAGGUGGAGUUCAUUUCCAACCUAGAGGUCUGUGCACGGAACCUGAAGGAAGCUCAUCGAGUCAAGACUGCCAAGCUACAGCUGGUGGAACAGCAAGCCUAACUCUCUGACUGGAGUUUCCUGAGCUGAAGAACAAGCUGCUCGUGGCAAGGGCUGGCCCCAGAACCCUGCAAGAGAGGCCUUCUGUGGACAGAGAACCAGGCCUUCUCAAAGCCCAAGGACAAAAUCCAGCUAACCCAGUCCCUCGGCCCAGGCCCCCUUUUGUGCUUUGUGCUUGGUGAGGGGAUUUCGAGGGACUUUGCAGUGGACUCUGGGAACCUUUUAUUUUAGGAAAAGGGACCAUUGGGGCCUGAGCCAAGGAACUUUCCUGCAACUGCCUUACAGUGCUUAAACCUUCUCCGCCUCUCGGGUGCAGAGUCAGAGCUGGCCAGAGUUUCAGUGAUGGCCAUUUGUUAAACAGAAUCUGACCUCACUCUCCUGGAGGGAGAUGAUUAAGAGGGGUUAACGCAUCAGAUGGGAGGGUCAGCCCGGUGACCUCUAAGGUAUCUUCUAACCCUAGAAACUCCAGAAUUAUUGGUGAGAGGUCAGUGUGUCUCUGAGAUCUGUGUCUAUUGGUGGCAAUGUGAGGGUGAUACUCUCUCACUCUAAUAAACUUGGCACUUCUCUGAGUA